UGCAAAGUCACUGAACAACGUGAUAAAGGAAACAUACACCUGCACACACCUUUUCACUGCCACUUACUCUAUCAGAUCACACCUCCCAGUCAGUUCCAUCAUCAUCAUCAUCCUCUUUUUCCACGUUCUCCAAAAGCCUUCGCUCUGCACAAGCUACAGGAUUACCAUGGCAAGCAGCUUCGCAAGGAUUUUAUCCUCCAAAAGGAGCGUGGGUUUGCUGUCUCUGGUCGGCGCUGGAUCUCUUAGUGUCGGCUUGUAUCUGAACAGAGAUCAUGUGAGCGCAGGAGCGCAGGGCCGGAGACAAUACCCGGCCAGUGCAGAAUACCCAGAUUUACGGAAACACAAUAAUUGCAUGGCCAGUCACCUGACACCUGCUUUAUAUGCCCGGCUGUGUGACAAAGCCACUCCAAAUGGCUUCACACUGGACCAGGCCAUUCAGACGGGAGUGGACAACCCCGGGCAUCCCUUCAUAAAGACUGUGGGCAUGGUAGCUGGAGAUGAGGAGUCCUAUGAGGUGUUUGCUGAUAUCUUUAACCCUGUCGUCACAGAGAGACACAACGGUUAUGAUCCAUGCACUAUGAAACAUCCCACUGACCUGGAUGCCAGUAAGAUACGAGGCGGUAUCUUUGAUGAGAAGUACGUGUUGUCAUCACGUGUGCGGACAGGACGCAGUAUUCGAGGUCUGAGCUUGCCUCCUGCCUGUACACGCGCUGAGCGCAGAGAAGUGGAGAGGGUGGUGGUAAACGCUCUUGCCGGACUGCAGGAUAACCUGUCAGGCAAAUACUACAGUCUGACUGAGAUGACUGAACAGGAACAGCAGCAACUCAUCGAUGAUCAUUUUCUGUUCGAUAAGCCAGUUUCUCCUCUUCUGACAUGCUCAGGAAUGGCACGGGAUUGGCCUGAUGCCAGAGGCAUCUGGCAUAACAACGAGAAAACAUUCUUGGUGUGGGUUAAUGAGGAGGACCACACUCGAGUGAUCUCUAUGGAGAAAGGGGGCAACAUGAAGAGGGUCUUUGAGCGUUUCUGUAAGGGCCUCAAAGAGGUGGAGAGACUGAUUCAGGAGAAAGGUUGGGAGUUCAUGUGGAAUGAGCAUCUGGGUUACAUCCUCACAUGCCCUUCUAACCUGGGCACAGGCCUUCGUGCUGGUGUUCAUAUUAAACUGCCUCGCCUCAGUAAGGACCCACGAUUUUCCAAGAUCCUCAAUAACUUGCGACUACAAAAAAGAGGCACUGGAGGAGUGGACACAGCAGCUGUGGGCAGCACCUUUGACAUUUCUAACCUGGACAGACUUGGGCAGUCAGAGGUCCAGCUGGCCCAGACAGUCAUCGAUGGCGUAAACUACCUGAUUGACUGUGAGAAGAGGCUAGAAAAAGGCCAAGAUAUUAAAAUCCCUGACCCUAUUAGCCUGAGGAAGUAGACUGACAUUGAACCUCACCCUGUCAUUUUCUCAUAAUUAUGGUACUCUAAACUCCACCACAAACAGCAUGCUUCUUCUGUGUUGUCUUCACAGCUUCACUCCUCUGUACAACAGGCGUGAAUGUACUGUAUGCCAUAACUGUGUUGAUGUGUCAUUACCAUUCUGUAACAUACCACUGUAUCUUGUAUGGAUUGCACUGCAAUAACCUCAGAGAAAUGUUUGCCUAAGAAACAGAGAAUCAUGUGGUUUAAAGUUUUUUUCUUGAGGAAAGAAAUGCCCAAUUAUAUAAAGCGCUUUACUGACAGAUUAA